GAGAAAGUCGAUAAAGGGUCUAUCUCGAUGUCUAUUAAAAAAUAUAGACCUUGUAAAAAAUCCAACUUUGAUAUCCAGCACAGUGGCGGAACACCCCUGUAUAAUCCAGAACGUUUUUGAGGGAAAUGCUAUAUUGUUUUAAGUGGAUCUAUCACAUUUUCAAAAUAAAAAUAAUCACUUUUGUGAUAAUGGUAAGUUGAAAGAAUUGUCACCUAAAAAAGAAAAUAGCCUAAUAAAUGAUUGCAAUAAAAUGUUAUUGACGUAUUACAGGUAAAAGCAAGGAAGCAGAAAUAAAGAGGAUCAAUAAAGAGUUAGCUAAUAUCCGUAGUAAAUUCAAAGGAGACAAAACUUUAGAUGGUUACCAAAAAAAGAAAUAUGUUUGUAAAUUACUGUUCAUAUUUUUGCUUGGACAUGACAUUGACUUUGGGCACAUGGAAGCAGUCAAUCUUUUGUCAUCAAAUAAAUACUCUGAGAAACAAAUCGGCUACCUAUUCAUAUCUGUCUUAGUAAAUACAAAUAGCGAAUUGAUAAAAUUGAUCAUACAGAGUAUCAAGAAUGAUUUGGCAUCUAGGAAUCCAAUACAUGUCAAUUUGGCUUUACAGUGUAUUGCCAAUAUUGGAAGUCGCGAGAUGGCAGACGCUUUUGGAAAUGACAUUCCCAAAUUACUAGUUUCCGGUGACACAAUGGACGUUGUUAAGCAAAGUGCAGCUCUUUGCCUGCUCAGAUUAUUCAGAACAUCCCAAGAAAUAAUUCCGGGAGGCGAAUGGACCUCUCGAAUAAUCCAUUUACUUAACGAUCAACAUAUGGGAGUGGUGACGGCUGCAACAAGCCUGAUCGAUGCUUUAGUUAAAAAGAAUCCUGAAGAAUACAAAGGCUGUGUGUCACUUGCUGUUUCUAGGUUAAGUCGAAUUGUUACAGCAAGUUAUACUGAUCUUCAAGACUAUACAUAUUAUUUUGUACCAGCACCUUGGCUCUCUGUUAAGUUAUUAAGAUUAUUACAAAACUAUACUCCUCCAGCUGAAGAUCCUGGUGUCAGAGGUAGAUUGAAUGAAUGCCUUGAAACUAUAUUGAAUAAGGCGCAGGAACCUCCAAAAUCUAAGAAGGUUCAACACUCGAAUGCGAAGAAUGCUGUUUUGUUCGAAGCUAUAAGCCUUAUCAUUCACAAUGAUAGUGAGGCUAAUCUUCUGGUGAGAGCGUGCAACCAACUAGGCCAGUUUUUAAGCAAUAGGGAAACAAAUCUGAGAUAUCUAGCUCUAGAAUCAAUGUGUCAUUUAGCGACGUCGGAAUUUUCGCACGAAGCUGUGAAAAAACAUCAGGAAGUUGUUAUUCUGUCCAUGAAGAUGGAAAAAGACGUGUCUGUGAGACAGCAGGCUGUCGACCUAUUGUAUGCUAUGUGCGACAAGAGUAACGCCGAGGAGAUUGUACAGGAAAUGUUGAAUUAUCUAGAGACGGCAGAUUAUUCAAUAAGAGAAGAAAUGGUGCUGAAAGUUGCCAUACUUGCUGAAAAGUAUGCUACGGAUUAUACAUGGUAUGUAGACGUUAUCCUGAAUCUGAUUCGAAUCGCUGGCGAUUAUGUGUCUGAAGAAGUGUGGUACCGUGUAAUACAGAUAGUGAUAAACAGAGACGAGGUGCAAGGGUACGCUGCCAAAACUGUAUUUGAGGCGUUGCAAGCGCCGGCGUGCCAUGAGAACAUGGUCAAGGUUGGAGGUUAUAUUCUUGGUGAAUUUGGUAAUCUCAUAGCUGGUGAUCAACGUUCAUCGCCGGCCGUUCAGUUCCAGUUGCUGCACUCAAAGUAUCACCUCUGCUCUCCGAUGACCAGAGCACUAUUACUUUCUACUUACAUCAAAUUCAUCAAUCUGUUUCCCGAGAUUAGAACGCAGGUUCAGGAAGUGUUCAAACAGGACAGCAACUUGAAAUCAGCAGAUGUGGAACUUCAACAGAGGGCUUCCGAAUAUUUGCAGUUGAGCAUAAUCGCUAGUUCUGACGUGUUGGCGACCGUGCUCGAGGAAAUGCCCGCGUUCCCUGAAAGAGAAAGUUCUAUCUUGGCUGUGCUAAAAAAGAAAAAACCCGGCAGAGUACCUGAAAAUGAUAUCAAAGAUAACAAGAGUCCAACUCCUAUCACAAACCACAACAACGAUGUCAACAAUACAACAUCCAGCUCAGCAGACCUUCUAGGGUUAUCAACCCCAACUCAACCACCCGAAAGUGUUGUUGAUAACAAGAAAUUCGUAUGUAAAAACAAUGGUGUCUUGUUCGAAAAUGAACUAAUCCAAAUCGGAAUCAAAAGCGAGUUUCGUCAGAACCUGGGAAGAUUGGGUUUGUUUUAUGGCAACAAGACCAGUAGUUCAUUGCAGAAUUUUUCCUCAACGUUGAGUUGGUCCGAUGAAAAUGCCGCCAAGUUGAGUGUACAGAUGAAGCCUGUUGAACCCGUGCUUGAAGCUGGUGCUCAAAUACAACAAAUGAUCAAUGCUGAGUGUAUCGAUGACUAUACAGAUGCUCCUGUAAUCAUCGUUAGUUUCACCUGCAACAAAGUACCGUAUAAGAUAACCGUCAAAUUACCAUUGACAAUAAACAAAUUUUUUGAGCCAACUGAAAUGAACGGAGAGUCCUUCUUUGCCAGAUGGAAAAAUCUAGGAAACACAAACCAACAAAGAUCUCAAAAAAUAUUCAAAGCCAGUUCUCCAAUGGACCUGCUAGUUGCUAGAACGAAAAUAAUGGGUUUUGGGAUGCAACUUCUAGAUGGUAUUGAUCCCAAUCCCGACAAUUUUGUAUGCGCUGGGAUUAUACACAUGAGGGCUCAACAGGUUGGCUGUCUUUUGCGACUGGAACCAAAUAAGAAUGCUCAGAUGUACAGAUUGACAGUAAGAUCAAGCAAGGAGACUGUAUCUGUAGAAAUAUGUGAUCUGCUAUCGGAACAAUUUUAAGAGAAAAGCAUAUGACGUAAAGGACGCAUUCCACAUUUAUUAUUUAUUACAUAGGUGAUGUACAUUUCGAAUAUUUGCUAUGUAAAACUUACUCGGUAAUGUUAAUGUAAUCGAAUUAUGUACGAGACGAGUGUCUCAAGAUUUAAUGCCAUUUUUUACAGUUGAUUUUUCUACUGAGGAAGAUUUCUCAGCGCGUCUGUUGAAAAAAAAUUAUGUUCGCCUUUCCAUUUAUUUGGUUACAAGUAAAAUAACCAGAUAGUACAUUCAGACAUUAUGAUGCCGGCUGUGUAGUACUUGAGGUAAAUAAUUGUGCACUAUAGUUUUAAUAAACCAUCAUAACAUUUUUGAAGUUUUGUAUGUAUAUUAUUUUAAUUGUGGAAUUUUUCAAGUUCGCGGAAAAGUUUCCUCAGUAGAACUAAAACCUCAAGAGCAACAGUUGGACAUUUAUUGAGAAUCAUAUAUUUUUCCAAAUCCUUAAUAUAACUUGUACCAAAGGACCAUGCACAAUACAUAUGGAACAUUGAUCCCAGUUGAUUUGUCUAAAAAUUCAUUAUGAUAUAUUUCUCACCUUUCUGAAUAAAAGUACUAAUGCUUGCCCAAAACACUGAGGAUCGGUAUACUGAAAGAAGUAUUGUAGGAAGGUGUUGGGAGGUAUCAUGUUGCUGGUGACCAUGUCAAUAAAAGGGUAAGUUGAUUUUUAGAUGUUAAUUUCUGAAAGAUCGCGAUUGUUUCCUUUUAUUUGGUUAUUACUUUCACAAGGCCAAAUGUAGAUCGUUCAUUUUGAAGAUGGAAGGAGAAACGCACAAGUUUGAACUGUGCUUUAAGAUGUUGCAAUUUAUAAUUCUCGCCAAUAAAUAAAACCACAGAUGCUGAAAGCAGUGGCGGAUUCAGGGGGACUGUCCUGGGGCUCCAGACUCCCUUUUGGAGUUGAAAAAAUUGGAACGUCUUUCGACCCUUCCCCCUUCAAUUUUUAAUUAUUCAAUGUUGAAUCGCCGAUACGCUUUCCUUCCUCGCGACGGGCAUCUUUCUGAGCCCCCAACUCCAAAAAAAAAAAAUUCAAAUAUUUUCUAGGUUAAAAGUACUGUGCUUUAAAAUGUUGCAGUUUAUAAUUCUCGCCAAUAAAUAGAACCACAGAUGCUGAAGGCAGUGGCGGAUCCAGGGGGAGUGUCCCCUCCCGAAAUUUCGGAGUAAAAAAAUUGGAACGUCUUUCGACCAGUCCUCCUUCAAUUUUAAAUUAUUCGAUGUUGAAUCGCCGAUAUGCCUUCCUAUCUCGAGACGGGCGUCUUCUGAGCCUCCAACCCCAAAAAAUUUUCUUAGUUGAAAGUAGUGUGCUUUAAGAUGUUGCAAUUUAUAAUUCUCGCCAAUACAUAUUUUUCAUGAUUGCUCACUUUCCAACAGUCAUUGUCAGUAUUAACAUGACACCUACCAAUACCCUCCUGCAAGGUUUUUGGUGAAAUAUUUCUUCUUUCACAAUAAAAAUUCUCGGAGUAUUUGGUCUGCUAUUUCUCGCGAACUAAUCAUAUGAUCUCUUUGGUUCCAUGAGAACUUUUGUUUAGGUAUGCGAGAAAUACAUGAUACUGAAUUUUCAGGCAAUUCGCCUCGAUCAUUUUGUGCGGAGUCCUUUAGCAUUCAAAAACAAUACAGAAUUUGUUUGGAUAGCCAUUGUUUCUCCCCCCGUGUUCAACUGUUACUCCGACAAGACGAACGAUUAUUGACGUGUUUUACCUGAUAGGGGUUUAAAAAGUCAUGUGUACGUAGUCACAAAUGCGAUAUGCAUAAUGGAUGCUACCAUACUUGGGUUAAACGCAGUGAAGUUUAAAAAUAAGGAUGAGAAAAUCGAGCUCGAAAUUCUGCAUUUUUUCGAACUAAAUGUAUUACGACUCAAUAUCGAAUAUUGCAAAGUUACAUGAAUUUUAUUCUGAAAUCAUUUAAAUGCGAUGUCGGAUCAUAAUUUUUGUCGAGGCCUUAAAUAAAUGACAUUCCGUCUUUAAUUGUCGUAAACCAAAAAGCAGUAACAUGCGACUUACUGCCUUUAUACUAUGCAAAAAUAGAUUUACUGUCUUUUUUCGUAGCUCUCGACAAAAUAAUUAUGUAAUUAAACUAACAGCAGCAUGUUUUUUUUGAUAUGUCAACUUAACCGAAGAAUAUUUUUCAAAAUUAUUUUUUUGGAGCAAAAGUAAUUAUUCACAAUAGAAUUUUGACGUAAAAAGGCAGUACUUGUAUCACACAGAUAAUAAAAGCAGUAUAGUUUGGAAACUACAGCUUUUUUACUUUGAUAAAUUGAUGCUUUGGGAAUGUAAUUAAUAUGAAAUAUUUGACAAAGAGAAAAAAUAACUUAACGCGACCAAUGAUAUAUUUUGUAAUUGUAAUCAUAAAAUCGAAAUUUAAAAAAGGCAGUAAAUGAACUUUAAUGCCUUUUACUCAAGUACGGCAGCAUAGAUCGAAAGUCAUAGCAAGUGUAAAUGGCAACAUUGGCUUAGUGCCUAACAUGACGAAUUACCAGUGUUGCCAUUCAGACUAUCAUUAUGAUUGAGUUGUUUAGUAUUAUAUGUCGCAUUUAUAGCCAUCGUGAAACUGACACUUAUUUUUUGUUAAUAUACAUAUGCCGCCAUUGAUGUCAUCGAUGGAAUAUGCCUCGCCAUCGAACAUAAUAACUUGAAAUAUUUAUACAGGGUGUUUUGGGAUGGCAAGAUAUUUAGAAAGUUUCGAGUAGUAUUAGAUUAGUAAUGAUUCCGACAUUAUUUGGUUGAAAUAAAGGUUUGUAGAGACAGACUACGUUCUAGGGAUGCACCGAAUACUCGGUUGGUACCCGGUACUCGGCAUACUCUGACCAUUUUACUGAGUGCGCGGUCGGGUAAGUACUUGAUUUGAACGCAGUACAGCUUGUGUACAUCAAAGAAUUGCAUCUGUGAACUGCAAAAUGUAAGCGCAUGCCCUUUUCCCAAACCUUCCCAAGAUAUUAACGCACCAUCAAAGAAGUAGCAAAGCUAGCAUAUAUUUGCUGAAUCAUUUACAUGAUUUAAUGUUUUUUCAGUACAUGGCGGCUGUCUCCUCCAGUAAGCGAGUAUAUUUACGUUAUUUGAGUAUUUUAUGCCUGAAUUGGUAUUGAAAAGCUCUUUUUGAAAGUUAAUUUCUGGUUAACAGACAAGUUGCAGUUGCCAAGUACCCGAUUUUCACGGAGUACCCGGUACUCGACGUUCUGAAAAAAGUAGCACUCGGUACACCCCUACUACGUACUGUUGAUAAGUUUAUUGUAAUUUGAAAACUCAAAUUGUUAUCAGAUGCUCUAUAAACAACAGUUACAUUUAAUGUACGAGUUUUCGUUUUCCAACUUGUUACAUGAAAAAUAUUUAUAUAUGUAAACCUAGUCUUUGGGAUACGACGAUAGAAUAAUUUUGGAACUUGGUACUGCUGUCAGUGGUACCGGUUUCUUAAAAUGUAUAAAAUAUGAUAACGUGUAUAAAAUCAGAUAAAAAUUUGCAGUACGGGUGUCCGCAAAGUUGGGGUUUUCCGUUAGAUCUUGAGAAAAUAAGCGGAUUUUCUUAGUAGCAUAUACACCAAUGUCUCAAGAGAACCGAUAUAUUGGGCUCCGCAAAAUCAAUCAAACCUGAACCAAACCGAAGCCGGUCCUGUCCUGUCCCUCGAUCACGUCCACAGCGCCAGCGUACAGUUAUACGACGUACGACUACGUGUAAAUACGGAUUUUACGACAGAGCCGUACUUGAAAUUUCAGUUCAACUGAACAGUGAGUAAGUACUUUUUCAUUUAUUUUUUUACUUGUUCGCUCACGUUUCACCACACAUUAGUUUUAGUUGCAUCUGAAAAGGAAAACCUCAACUUUGCGGACACCCUGUAUAUUUUAAGUAGAGCGCAUGAACAUUCCUAAGAUUGCCAAUGCUACGAGGUGACAAACAUACAAUCAAGUCUGUUUUAGGUUAGAUGCCUAGUAAAACUCCAGCUAUUUAUUUCUUGAAGUACCAAAUGUUUUUGGCGUUUGCAAUGCCAUUUCAAGGUACCCAUAAAUACGGACAUUAGUCACAGUGCAAAGUAACAGGUUGAAGAGAAAUAUUUAAGGGUUUUUCGAUAAGUUAAUUAGCAAACGACCAUACAAAAAUCAAUAUUUUUAAAAUCCCAGACUUCUUUUCUUAAGCAAGUAGCGCUUUUUUGUCCAAGUUUGGAGCAGAACGCCUGAAACUCUAUAUGACUCGCGAAUAUGGCUGCAGUGCCGACAUUUUUAUUAUAUUAUUUGCGUUACUCAAAGAUAUGCUCAAUAAUUUCCUCCAAUAAUAUUUUAUCGCUGUCACAGAAAAAAAAAUAAAGCAAAUUAAAGAUUUUUCUUUUUUCUUUGUUAUAGCUUCUAAUGCAAAUCGAAUUUGCAAUACUGUCGGACCUAUUCAGCAAACAAAGGUUUUUGAAAUCUAAAAGAAUCUACAUAAAUAUUCUCCAAAUCUACAUGAAUCUUUACGUUUUGUGAUAGUUUCAUUAACAUUGCAAUUCGUCUUUCAUUAGAAGCUUUAACGGUUCCAUGUAGCUCAGGCAAGACGAGUCAAUGUUAUCAUCACUCAUGCUAAAUCUACAUUAACCUAUACAUUUUCUGAUAGGUCAGCUGCUCCUUCUGAGGCUGUCUGGUAAAAAAUGGAAAAUGCUUGGCUCCAAUAAGAUUGAAGUAACAAUAAUGGAAAAUUUAUGCUUCUUCUGAGAAUCUUUGAAGGUUGUACUGAGAUCUGAGUUAUACAUUGUUGUUUGAACCUUGAGCCCUGUAGUGUUAGCAAGCUUGGUGUGUAACCCUGUCACAUAGUGCACGGCCUCUACUAUACAGUCGCAUGGAAACUUGGGAAGACAUGUUUUGUUACGAAUAUUGUAUUGCUGGUAGCCGGGACGGUAAUUUUAUUAGGAAUACAGGGGUCCCUUACCCAAAGCGAGUUUUUGUUUCUUUGCCAAGUAGGGGACACCCUAAACGAUCUUACCAUCUUCUUUAUUUAUAUUUACAGCAUUGAGCGUUCGGACUGUAUCUCGUUCAAAACAUUUAAUGUCCUACAAAUCAGAUCAAAAUGUUUUUGCGUGGAUUUCAGUUUUCAAAUGUCUUGCGCGUAGAUUUUGAACGCUCUGGUAGUUAUUCUUUUUAUUUCCCAGCUUUUGAUGGGAUUUUAUAAUUUUAUUAGAAGUAGGAUAAUGUCUCAAUACUCGUAUUAUAUGUAUACAUUAUGUAUAAAUGUAGAACUGAAUAUUAUAUGUUUAUUUUUGGAAAGUACACAAUGAACAGAUAUUAUAUAUUUUUCCCUUACACGUACAUAUACUUUGACGUUGAAUGUGAUUCCUUCAAAAGGUUCUGAUGUUUUAAACUUGUAAAUUUCCAUGCGGUUCGUUUGCGAUUUGAACAUAUGAGGACUGUACAUUAAGUCAUCAGACUGUUUUUUUUUAUUUUUCAUUCAAAUUAAUUACAAUUUUAUAUUGUUAUCCUUAAAAUAACUUGCUUCUGAAGCGACACAGCGCUGGAGACUGAAUGCUUUCGAUUGUCCCAAAAUAAGUUCCCUUGAGGUGAUUUUUCAACUUCGUGAAAAAGUUGCAAGGACUCAAGUCAGGCUAAUCAGGAGGCUGAGGAGCCCAGGAAUGUUUUUACUCGUUUAUUGACACUGUUGUUCCUUUUCUGAUGAACGGUGGUGUGAGUCAAAUUUAACUCUUCCCCAAUAAUUCUGACUGUCAACCGAUCUGAACGCACAAGAUUGAAGAUGAAAACGCACGUUCCACUGUGCCACAAAAAAAAAUGGUACAGACAAUCGAAUAAUUCAACCCUCCAGCGUUGGCAGAUCGAACGCUACAUUGCCAGUCUCAUCACUUGAUUUACAGACCUCUUACUUGCAUAUUUUUAAUUUAAUUCUAAUUUUUUACAUAUACGCCACCGUCCAUUAUUUUGCGAAUAUCGUGUGAUUUUUUUGUUAGAAAUCCCGCCUACGAACGAGCACGAAUAUGCUUGCCUCAAAUUGUCUGAGGCGAUAGUUAUCAUUUAGUUGUCCCAAAGAAUAUUUAAACCGGACGCUACACUCAGGCAAUUUUCAGACCCGCCUGACUUGUGCCUCCCAUCCUAAUCGGUCGGACAUCGUACAUCCAGAACUAGCCGAUACGACCGCUCCUUUGUCCCUAGGGUGUCGAGAUUGUGGAACAACCUACCUGAGGAGGCUUUUCCCAGUUCAACUAACCUUAGGCGGUUCAAAAAUCGGAUUAAAAAAGCCGCUUUAAACUCCUCAUUGCUGCGGUGCCCUGGUAUUUAGGCUUCUGUCUACGCGGUUGCUUCGAUAUAAAAAAAAAAUAAAUUUUUUCUCCACUUUUUUUUGACCGGAAAGCUUUUAUAGCCACUCUCAAGCAGAAAAACUCGACAGUAUUGCCCUGCCCGCUCUUCGUGCCCGAAGUGUGAGAUUCUCCAGAAAUGCACAUACUUUUAUGUAUAUUUCCAAUCGAGCAAAAUAGAAACCUACUAUUGGUUCCUAAAGUAAGGGCAGAAUGACCAACCGGCCGGAGAACCCCUAUUCUACGCGAUCCGUGCAUCCUAUAUUGGGUGGAUUUUCUUGAAGGGUGGGGGGACGGGACGAUACCCCCAUGCGCAAAAUAAUGGAUGAAUCGUAAAAAUAUUAUAAAAUACAUUUUCAUUUCGAACAAAAUCAUUGAACCGACUUGAAUGUCUCUUUGUGUGUUUUCAAACAAUAGGUAUGCUUUUUUAGAAUUCCUAGCUUGACUUGCACUACUUGAUAUUUUUUUAGUUUUUGCAUAAAGCGGAAAUAUCAGAACCCGCAUUAAUGUAUUCACAUUUGUCAUGUAUAUUGACCGAUUUAUGAAUGGAUUGCGGUUAGAUUUUAUCAUUACGUGUAAUAAUAAAAGACCAAAAAGUAGUGGUAUUGUACAAAAUGGUGGAACUAUUGUAAUAGCCUAAAUAUGAAGUUAGAAAAAGGCAAAUCAGCCUUCUAUGGAUAUCACCGUAAUAUUGGAUACAUAGAUGUUUAUAAAUAUAAUUUAUUUCCCAAGAUAGUGUGUUUUGCUUUUUAAACUGUUUUAUG